GUUCUUUUUGGUUAAGUCUGGUGUUGACAGCGGAGAAUAGAAGAGAUUUUCUGCUGGAAGGAAUCUGUUUUUGUGAAUGGAGAUUGUCAAGGUUGCAAGAGGGAUUUCAUUUCUGGAGUCGUCACUGUUAGGUAAUGUCUGAACAGAGGAUUUUUGUUAGGAAAAUGGUGAAGGAGAUGGUGUAAGCUUGAUCCCAUGGGUGGGAUUCCUUCCAUCAGAUUCAAAUCUAUUUUUCCUUCAAAAAUUCGCGGUGUUUGUUUUUAUUUUUUUGUGGGUGUUUGUUUUUCGGAGAUUUGAUGUUAAGAUUGAAUAUGUUUCGUUGGAAAAUGAAUGAAAAAAAAAUAUUAUUCAAUUUAUUUCCUGAUGAAAAUGUUUAUCUUUUUCUCUUUUUUUGGAAAUAAGAAGUUAAUGUGAUGAACCGUAAAUUUCUCUUUAUGUCACCUGGACUUUGGUUUUCAUUUAAGUUUGCCCAUUAAGACUUAAACAUAAACAUAAUGAAUAAAUUGAAUUAAAACCAUAAUGUUAAAAUAUGCAAUCGUGUUUAAACGGAAGAUUUUGUGAAGUGCGUGUAUACCUUUUCUCAUUCCUAACCGAACCUUCAAACCCCAAUCUCUGCGCAGACCUGUUUUAAAGUGACUUGUCUCACCUUAUAAUUUUGACGAGUGGCGACUCUUUUUCUUAUAUGUUUCACACUUAAUGUUUUAAGUUCUGUGUGAUUGUCAACAGUGUUGAACUUUAUUAAGAAGCACAUUAUUUGUUGCUUUGGAAUCCCAUACAAAAUUGUGAGUGAUAAUGGAACUCCUUUUGUCAAUUAUCAUGUGUAAAGAUUGUUGGACACUUACAAGAUCAAGCAUUGAAAAUCCACUCCAUACUACUCCUAAGGCAAUGGCCAAGCUGAAACAACUGAUAAAAGCUUACUAAGGAAUUUGAGUAAGAUGGUCCAUGAGUAUGAAGGAUGUUGGAGCACUCAUUUGCAAGACACUCUUUGCACUGAUUGGACAUCCUCCAAGACUGCCACAGGUUAUCACCUUAUUUUCUAGUAUAUGGCUGUGAUGUUGUCUUUCCUAAUGAAGUCUUGAUUCCAACUGCGCAUAUCUUGGCUACAUUUAAAUUAGAUAACAAUGUUGACAUUUGUGGCCAAAGGCAGGUUGAAGACUUAGAAUCCUUUGAAGCACUUCGCUAGACAACACAAGAAAAGGCUCAAAAAUAUCAGUCCAAGAUGACGAAUGCCUACAACCGUGUAGUCAAAGCUAGAGUUUUCACAAUUGGGCAAAUCAUUCUCAAAGCCUUCAACCAUAUGAGGAAAAACAUUGUUGGCCCAUCCAACUUUGCAGUAAAUUGGGACAAUCCCUUCAUUGUUGCGAAAGCAUAUUAUAGUAGGUAUUAUUGUCUCAAAACUCAUGAGGAAGAGUCAUUAUUGGACAUUGUGAAUGCUAAAUGGCUCAAAACAAUCUAUUGCUAGGCUUUGCCAGUAUUGCUCCUUGAAAAGUAAGCACUCUUCAUUUUGUAAUUUUACCAUUGGUAUUGUAUUUAUUCUAACCAAGAAGGUUGAUUCUAUUUAUCUUUUUCCAUCAUAUGUAAGGUGCAUAUAACAUUCUUUU